CGCAGUUCCACAACGUGUGAGUGGAGAAGUGAAGAGUUGAGCUAAAGUGUAGCAGACUGUGACUCUAUAGACAUUUGCCAGCAACCAUGGCAGCAGAUCAAGGCGAAAUGUCUCCAAUUGAGAUGAAAGUGACACGACAAAUUGAGUACUACUUUGGGGAUCACAAUCUUCCACGGGACAAGUUUCUCAAAGAACAGCUGCAACUGGAAGAUGGCUGGGUGCCUCUGGAGACGAUGCUGAAGUUCAACAGAUUAAAGUCUCUCACCUCAGAUAUCAGCGUCAUCGUCGCAGCUCUACAGAAAUCAAAGACGGGCCUGUUGGAAAUUAAUGAUGACAAGACUAAAAUCAGGAGGUCUCCAGACAAACCCCUGCCUGAGAUCAAUGAUGAAUACAAAGAUGCCCUGAAACAGAAGUCUGUCUACAUCAAAGGUUUCCCUCUUGACACAACCCUCGAUGAGAUUCAGGAGUGGCUGAGCGGGAAAGGAUCCAUCGAAAACGUUCAGAUGAGGAGAAAUCUGGAAAGACAGUUCAAGGGAUCGGUAUUCAUCUGUUUCGACACAGAAGAGUCUUCAAAGGAAUUCCUACAGCGUUCGGACAUCAAGUCGUUCAAAGACAACGAGAUGCUCGUGUUGUCCAGGGAAGACUACCACGCCAAGAAAGCAGAGGAGAGAAGAAACAUGAAAGCAGAAACAAAAGCCAAAUCUAAACAGAACAAGGAACAACAACAGAAAGAUGCAGAGGAGAAAGAAAUUGGCCUGCUGCUCACCGAACAGACCGGCCGUCUGCUGAAGUUUUCUGGAGAACUCAACAAUGUUUCCAGGGAAGACUUCCACACUUUGUUCUCUGGACAUGGAAAGAUCAAGUGGGUCGACUUUACAAGAGGAGCCAAAGAGGGCACCCUUUUAUUUGAUGGAAAUGCAAAGGAAGCGUUUGAGAAGGCCAAAGAGGCCAAAGGGGAAGACCUGAAAAUCAAGGAGAACAGUGUGACAUGGCAGCUGAUCGAAGGCGAGGAGGAGAAAGAAGUGCUGAAGAAGAUCGUUGAAGCCCAGCAGGAGUCUAUGAACAGGUCCAAAGGCAGAGGUGGACGAGGACGAUCAGGCGGCAGAGGACGAGGAGGCCGACGGGGAAGAGGCGGCAGAGAUCAAGGCAGAACUCAGUACCAAGGGAAGAAGACUAAAUUUGACAGUGACGAUGAGGAUGCUCCUGCAGCCCCGAAGAGAGAACUGGAAGAUGCCGAUGGCCCCGCAGCAAAGGUUCCCAAAACUGAGAACGGUUCUUAAUCAUGAAAUCCCAGCCUGAAUUUUUCUUUUUGUAAAAAAAAAACAUUUAUUACAAACGGCAAAGAAGCAGAGGGGCAAGUUUGAUCCAUUCCAGAUUGUACUUCAGGUUUUGGAGAAUCGCAUGAAGUCCACCUCGAUGUCGACCUAGAGAACCAUUUACACAGAGCUCAGAGUCAGUUUUCGGCCUCUGGAGUCCAUUAUGUUGUGCCUCUCAUCUUAUUUGUGUUUCAUAUUCUGUUCCUGAAGACGUUUUGAUUUUUAUUCAUGUUAAACAGAUGUUCGCAUCCAGACAGUGAUUUUAUUUCCUCUGAAUAUUCAAAUCAAGUUUCUCGUGUAACAAAUAGAAUCUGUGUGCCAUUGUUUUGUAGAUUUCCAACACGGGAUGAGUUUUGUUGUAUUUUUAAGUUUGCAAUUAUGAAUAACAAAUACAUUUAUUAAAACAGAUGUCAGUUUGA